AUGACCUUCGAAAGUCAAGGUCUCAGCGAAAGUGACUUAGGAAAGGAUGCCAACGUUUUAAUAAUGGAGUUGAAUAAAGGUUUUCAGUCAACAAACUUAGGGAUCCAGUGCAAGACUAUUGCACAAUUCCCCUCCGUUCUUGAAAAGUACCCAUUCCCUGUUGUAAUAAAUUCAAUAUUACUCAAAAUUACUCAGAUUUUCUGUGAUGGAAAUAAUCAUGUACGCCUGUGUAUACUACGUGCAUGUACAGAAUGCAGAACUCACUUUAAAAAAUUGACAGUGUGUGAAGAUAUCAUCCGUAAAUUACUUCCUUUCACAGAAAGCAACGAUCCAACUGUCCGUGCUUUAACUCUACGUUUGUUUGGGAUUCUGGAUGAAAUUACGCGCGAACACCUUGGAGUUCAUCAUGCCAUCCUAAAGCAAAUCGAAUCACAUUAUGAAGUCGAAUCGGAUGCAGCUGUAUGGGCCUGUCAUACAAUUGCCCCAAUAUCUAGUGUGUUUGCUGGCAGUCUUUGCCCCAUAUUGUGUAAAUUACUCAAUGACUUGUCUACAGACACUGACACUAAGCUCAAACUUCUGCAUUUAGGAAAACAUAUGCACCAUAAUUCUGCAGUUUCUGAAGAGAUACGUCGUUGCUUGAUCGAGAUGCUUAACACAUACAAUACUACUGAUUUCGUUAGUGCCAUCUUAGAUACACUUACCACUCUAGAAACUCGUGCCCCACUACAUGUUCACAGCCAAAUCGAUCUCCUACUCAAACGGUUGUCAAUAGAAAAAAGGCCUCAAGUGCGUCAAAGCGUCCUUUGGAAUCUGAUUACUCUAGCCGAAAACAUACCUCAUCACUUCGAUAAACCUCAUUUUCUUGAAUUGAGUUCCAUUUAUCAUGGUGAAAGCUGUAGCAAACUGGAUAAAGUACUAAUACUCCAAAUAUUCUUUUGUCUAACGACAUCAUUUCAUUCUAUGGAAUUUUUAACAUUACCAUCUGGACAACUGGAUAUUGUUAAAUGUUAUACACCUGUUGACUGUAUAAAAAGCGCUUUACAAGAUACAUCAUCCCAUUUAUUAAUUCGAGCAAUUCAGCUGGCGUGUAAACUUACCAUUUUGAAAGGUGAUAGUGGUCAAAUAGAGAAUAGUAGUGAUACAGAUUGCUGUACAGACUAUGAGACAUCAUUCAACUUUGAACCGAAACAGCUGAUUCAAUUACUUCUACAUCAUUUUAAUCUAUCAGGGAAGAAGAAAGAAGAAGAGAAAGGGAGUAUGGGAAUGCUUUGGUAUCUACAUGAUAAGGAUAUUCCAAUUAGUGAUUUAAAGUGUACAUAUAGCUUACUUGUGGAAUUCUUCAGUACAUUUCCCUCGUAUGCAUCACAAUUACAUAAGAUGAACUUCAUUGAAGGUAUACAACUUGAUGGAGCAACACGUACCGGUUUAUUGUGUCAAUUUUUAUGCACAAUGUAUGCCAGACUAUCACAGUAUUUAUUUCUUGAUUCUUCAACUACUCGCAAUGCUGGUGGUGAUGUCAUGUCAGAACAACUCACGUAUUCAAGUGUAUUAUCUAAAUUGACUAAUUCUAUUCCAGAAGACCGUGUAUCAUGCUCGUCAUCAUCAUCACCCUCUUCUACACUGAAUAGCAUAACUUCGUCUGUACUCUCUGCUGUCGGUUUAGUAUUCCAACUGACUGGAGGUAUUCCAUUGACUCAAAGAGAACAAACACUUUUAAUGUCUGCGGUAUCGAAGUUUUUAGGUGAAAAAGUAGACAGUGCUUCAUUAGGCUAUCGUCUAUCACCGUGGUUUGUUUAUCAGUUAGCCAGGCAGGCGAAUAGAUAUGGUCAACAUGAAUUCGCGUGUAAAUUAUAUGGGAAGUUAUCAUCUAUGACUUUAACAGAGAAAUCUUACUUUUGGUUAACCGGUCUAUGUGAAUUCAGUCAAAUGGAAUCGAAUCUUAUCAAUCUGGCCAAUUGUCUGGAGACAGAUGUGAAAAGAACCCUGACACAACAUAAUCCAGAAAUCGGUGCUGUAUCAUCAGGGAAUACAACCUCUUGGAUAAGUAAACUGAUUAUUGGUUUAAGAAAUGCUGCUGAAGAAUCCUGUAGAAUACAAACCACUAUUAUAUGCAUUGGAGGUAGUGAUGGACGAUGGUUUCAAGCAAAAUACAUUCAGUUAAGAAGUUUAUUACUAGCCAACUUAUCGAAUCUUUGUUCUAAUGUAUAUCGUGCAUUGAAAAUUGAACGAUGGUCUGGUUCAAUUUUAAUGAAUCAGCGUUUUAAAAGUGAUCCAAUUCAAAAUGAAGCUACUGAUUGUACCACAAAUAGUAGGGAGAGUAGUACAUCAUCGCAAAGUUUAGUUUGGCUGUCAAGUUGUAUAGACGAGUGGAAUGAUCUGUCAAAUGAAAUCUCUAAACUUCGUGCCCAAUGCCUAGAUGCUGAUGUGGAGACCCACUGGCAUUUAGAAGCGAUAACACAGGUGGUUGAAUUUUUCAUCGAGAUACUCAGCCUAAUUAAUGGGUCGAGUUAUCCUUCAGGAUUCUCUAGCAUAGAAGAAUAUUUAUCCUCUGGAUUAGAGACAAACUCAAGUCAUACAUAUACAUCAGAUCCAUAUGGUAAAAUUGUCUCUAUCCUAAGGAAGUCAAUGAGACAAUAUUUUCCCAUUGGCAAUACACCAGUUAUACGUGAAUGGAUACCAGUAUUAAUUUUCAAAGUUGUUCAAGUUGCUACUCAUUGGCCAAGAUUCUUUUUCCAACGUUUACAGACAACAACUGUUCGACUUGUACUCUUGCCGAAAGCUGGAAGUAAUCCAGACGAUGUAUUGACUAUCAGUAAUGAUGUAUGCCAUAUGAUUCAAGUGAUGGGUGUUGUACAACAACGUAGUCGACUAGAUAAGAAAGCCUUAUUACGUCGUAUAAAAGCUGUUGAAAUAGCUGUGAAUGUAAAUGAAAUUUGUCCAGAGAGUAUGAGAAAUGGUCAGCACACUAAACUCGGUUUGAUAUACUCAACACAAAAAGCUGCUCAACUGAAAGGUGAUUAUUUUCAUAGUGAAUUUUGUAUACGAUUUCCUCAGUCUACUCAAGUGAUGCAUAGUAAUAGUGCAGGGGGAUUGCGUCAGAAUGAUAGAAUCUUUUGUAUACAUGCUCAUCCUAUUCUAAUCGAUAGUUUAGGCUCACAUUGGGAUUUAAGUGCUAACGCUGGUGCUACAGAUGAAAGUGUACUUGUUCGAGUUGAAUCACUACCAUUGGCGACUACACAGCCUAUGCAAGCAGCAUUGAAUCUGUCUACGCCUCAAAAUCAAUCAGAUUUUCAAGAUCAUAGCGAAGUUUCUCAGUCAGUUAAUUCUGGUCCUACGACCUCAUCAACAUCAGCAGCAGCAGCAGCUCCAUCAACACCAACAGCAGCGACAAAUACGUCGUCGUCGCAUAGUAUCAGUCAAAAAGUGGAUCUAACCAAAUCGAAAAUAGCUUCACGAACACCUGAUGGUUGGAAAAGUCAAACAAAGAAUCGGCCAAAGAAAACUGGAAGCUUAAAAUCUUCAUCAUACAACUUAAAGUGAUCAUGUGCCUCUAUGAAGCUGAGAAUUUCUUCCUAUCGUGUAAAUACGUUUCUUUUUUAUGAUAACUGUAAAAUAAAAUUUCG